AUGUCAGCUUCAACAUCAACUUCCCAGACUGACACCAGUUCAUUCCCAACAUCUUCAUUGGUGAUACCAAAUAUCUUCAAUCUUGUGCCCAUAAGGCAUGACAACACAAAUUAUCUCCUGUGGAAAUCAUUGUUCGAGCCCAUUCUCAGAGGACAUAGGCUUAUGUCUUUCAUCGAUGGAUCCAAAUCAGCUCCAAGUACUAGUGAUCCAAUGUUCGAAACCUGGUACGAACAUGACCAGAUGCUUCUCUCUUGGAUUCAGGCCACUCUAUCCACAUUGACUCUGCUUUACAUGGUUGGCAUAAAGUCAUCCAAGGAAGCGUGGGAUAUUCUGGAAUGUCGCUAUGCCUCAUCCACCCCCAUGCACAUCACUUCCCUUCGCAAGCAACUUCAUCGUCUGAAAAAAGGAUCUCUCACCAUGCAUGACUACUUUCAGCAAGUUAAAUCUAUCAGUGAUCAACUCGCGGGAUGUGGUGCACCCAUAUCUGAUGAUGAAUUACAAAUCUAUAUUUUGGAUGGAUUGCCAUCAUUAUAUCAUCCUUUUGCCUCCAUAAUUCAUGGUUGUGCUCGGAUUAUAACAGUCACACUAGAAGAACUUCACGAUCUACUCAUCUGCGAAGAGAUGUCUCUUGUAGAAGAUGCUUCUACAAAGAACUCCCAUGCCCUUGUUGCAGCCAAGACACGACAACAACAUUCUCACCAUCCCAACUCUUCAAAUCGCCAGUACACUCCACAACAUGAUUCCAAAUGGCAGCAGCAAAAUGCAGCCACCCCACGGCCUUCACAAUCAAAUCAAGGGCGCCACCAGUCCAAUUCAUCUUAG